AUGGCAUACACAGAUGAUGCCGUUAAGGCAAAGUUGUCUGCUCUGAAUGAGACUCAAGAGAGUAUUGUCACUGUCGCCCAGUGGGUCAUGUUUCAUAGACGACACGCCGACAAGACUGCACAGAUCUGGCUGCAGAAGAUCCGUGACUCCCAACCUCUGAAGCGCCUCAACCUGAUUUACCUAGCCAACGAGGUCUCCCAGCAAUCCAAGGCUCGUGGUAGGGAAGAAUUUCUCAGUGCUUUUGCGCCAAUCGUCGCGGAGGCUACAGCAGUGGCCUACAAAGGAUCAUCAAAUGAUAUUCAGCAGAAACUACGCCGGGUUGUGGAGGUGUGGAGAGCACGCAAUGUAUUCGAGAUCCCCAUUCUAGAUGCGGUGGAUGCUCGUGUCAAUGAAAUUGACAAGAAUCGCUCCACCACCAAGAAACAGCCUCUCGGUGGCUCACUCUUUAACAAGGAGCCUUCUUCAGGGUCUGCGCCAUCCGAGCUCCAGCCACUAGUUCCAUUGCAAGUUGCCUUAAACAAAGCUGCCAUCCCCUCGAUCACCUCCGCCGCAAAUGCCGAUUCCGAGUACAACAGGUUGUAUGAUACCAAAGAGCCGCAGCCUACCCCUCCGGUUCACGCUGCGCGUUUGAGCCAGCUUCUCAAAUCUCUCGCCAAUGCCGAGAGCUCUGUUUCAGAGGUCAUCAAGUCCCGGCGCGCACUGAUCGACGGCCUUGAGAAAUUGCUUGCCACCAACCGAUCAGAAUUGGCCAAAGAGGAAACGUUGGUGGCGCAGCUUUCAGAGAGAAAGGCCCAGACAGACGCCAAAAAGCGUGAAGUCGAGGAUGCGAUAAUGCAGAACAUGUCUGAUGAUACUUCGGGUCCCCAUUACUUUGGCGAAGGAGAGGUUACCCGUCCUGAGGCCGAAGCUCUGACCCCUCCUCCUGUUGAGGCUUUGACUCCUGUCGGAUCACCCAAGCGAGAGCAACAAGUAACCAGCCAUGGUCCUUUCACCGAGGAACCGCAAAUGACGCUCCCCGACGGACUCGUCAUUCCUGAAACGGGAUCAGAGGGUGCACUUCCUUUAGACUCGGCUGGGCUUUCUCCAGGUGGCAAUGAUUUUGAUUUAAGUUCAAACGGGGGCGCAAAGCGUCGCAAAGUGGCGCAUGGUGAGGAGGACUACAGCCAAUAUGCGACUGGGGAUCUCGAUAUUGACGUUGCUGCCCUGAUUGCGCAGCAAGGCAAGCAGUAA